CGCGGCCCCGCCCCCAGCACCCGCAGCCCCGCCCAUGGCUCCGCCCCGCCCAUCCCAUGGCGCUCGAAGGCCGGUGGGUGCUCGCCCUGUGGAGGGCCUGCAAUAUGCUGAUGGCCGCCUUCUUCGCGCUGGCGGCCUUGGUACAGGUGAAUGAUCCAGACGCAGAACUCUGGGUGGUUAUAUAUGUGAUUCCUACAGUGCUGACCUUUCUUGUUGGACUUGACCCUCUUGUCACAGAUAACCUCAUUUGGAAGAGUGUCGCAGCAGUCCUCGCGUUCUUUUGUUUGGUGUGGGCUGCCAGCUUGGCACACUACCUCAUGCUUCAUUCACAGUGGUUCGUCUUCCACGAGGAAGAAGGCAGGGAGCUGUUUGGCCUGGUGCUUAUCAUAGCAUGGAUGAGUCUAUGCCACAAUUCAUCAAAGAAUCCAAUUGGUGGAAGAAUUCGGGUGGUUAUUGCCAGUAUAACUGCUGUUUUACCAUUUAUUGCAUGGCUCUACAUAAGUAUUACCAAGGAGAUGCAAUCCCUCUGGACAACUCACUGCAAGAUGUGUUAAUGAAAUGAAGAAUCCUGUUCUUAAAAUGAGAAUAUUCCAUUUUUAUAAACAUGAAUUUUUUUUUUUUUAAUCCCAGAAAUGUAAGGCUGACUACAUUAAAACACAGGGUUGGAUGGGACUAGUAAGAGUCGGGGUCGGACAUCCUAUUGUCAUAGUGUAGUACAAAAGGCAGUUGGGAAAAGUUAAGAAAUAUGAAUUCUAACUCAGCUUCCCCACUACCUAUGUGACUUGGAAAAUAU